AUGAACAAGCGAGGUACGCUGCGGAAAGGCAACGGGCUGAUGUAUCGCGGGAUCUGGCUGCCUGCCGAUGCCGACGAGGACGGGGACACCAUGCGCUUCCAGUAUUCCUUCCAGUCCUUCUCGAGGAGUAUCGAAGGCGUCAUGCGAGUCCUGCGCUUCUACAGCGGUGUCGCUGCAACAAAGGCAGGUGAAGCUGCGAGAGCAGGGCACAUCCUCAUGUACAUCGGUCCCGGGCACAGCGCACUGGGUUUGAUGCUUCAAGGGGGCCGCGGAUACGACCCGGAGCAGCUCCCGGUUGCCCCAAAGCUUGUGUCGGGCAAUUUCCGGAAACGAGGGUGCUGGGAAAGAUUGCGGUGCCUGCUGCAGAAGCGGCUUAGCAUGCAAACGGUUCCUUCCGAUCAGUGCCCGCGAUUCGAAGUCUCCGACGCGGGGCUGGGCGACAUGGCUGAGGAGCCUUGGCCCCGGCGAGAGCGGGCCAAAGCGGCCUUGGCCUUCGUGGUCUCCGCGGCCUUCCACUCGGCCAUGAGCCUCUGCGUGAAGCUGGCGAGCCACAGCUUCCCUACCUCGCAGAUCCUCUGGGCGCGGUACUCGGUGCAACUGUUGGUAACCUCAUCCAUCCUCCUGUGGCGCAGAGAGGUCUUGUCAGGGCUUGGCCAGUUGCCAUGCAGCCUGAAACUUCUCCUGCUGAUGCGUGGCAUCCUCGGGAUGACAUCGCAGGGCUGCCACAUGCUGUCCGUAAAGCUCCUGCCCCUGGCGGAUGCGGUCUCCCUUCACACAGUCUACCCAGUCUUCACAGCCCUCCUGGCACCCUGUACACUGGGAGAGCCGCUCUCCCCGGCCGCACUCGUGGCCGCUAUGCUAGCCACUUUGGGAUGCACGCUGGUGGCACGGGGACGCAUGGGCCGAUCCACCGAGGCUUCUGAGCAGGUCAAGCUUGGCGUGGGGAUCGCUCUCCUGGGCGCUCUGAGCUUAACCUAUCUGCUGGUUCGGAGGCUCAUGCGGCCCACGACCGAGAAAGCUUUGGAUGCAGAGGUGGUCGUUUGGAGCUACUCUGCGACGGCCCUGUGCGUUCUGGUUGUGGCGUUACCUUUCACGGAGGCUGCCUGGCCUGCAGCUUUCCUGCAGUUCUGCGGAAACAGCAAGUGUGCGUCCCAGAGUCAUUCUAAUCGAGUGUAUGCAAGUGGAACGAGAAUCAAGAAUUGCUUCCAGCAUGGAACUGACCUUUGCGGGCAGGGCGGCUUCGUGUUCCACGGCGUUCCGGUGUGGACUUGGCUGGCGCUUCUGGCCGUGGGCCUCACCAGCGUUGUGGAGCAGCUGCUCGUCACCCUGGGUUUCAGAGGCCUUCCUGCUGCGGCCGGAACGCUGAUGCUCACGCUGGAGGCAGGCUUUGCCUUCCUCUUCAGCGUGGCGGUGCUUCAGGAGGCGUUGCGCCUGCAAACGGUGGCCGGUGCAGCCUUGGUAGCAGUGGCAGUGGUUGUCACUUUGCGGCGCCCCGCAGCACCUCCAAAGUCUCCAGCUGGAGCAGCAGUACGUGGGGCGGAGAAAAGCCUCGAGCAGGUUAGUUUUCAGGCUGUGUGCAGCUUUGACGUGGAGGGGGAGGCAGUGAAUCAGCGGCACAAACGG